AUGUCGAAGGCGUCUGCUAGUGACUACGCUCUUCCAAACAUAGAGCUGGGGCAAGAAAUCAACGUCUCUGUGCUUCCAGAUCAUCUUCAAGAGUUGUAUUUUGCCAGUAACACAUCGGAGGAUUUAAAGGAGAAAGCAUCUUCUAUACAGAUCAUUCCUCUGGAUAAGCUCGAAGAAGAAUCUUCCGCAAUCAGGAUUUUUCAGCUCCUUCUACAUCGAGAAUGGCUCACUGCAAGGCUGGUACAACAUGGGAAGUGCCAUCCGCCUCUGAUAUUACAGCGAGCACUUGUAUACGAAGCCUUGGACUACGACGAUCUGGCGGCAUUUGAUGCUUUUGUUGUUUACACUCUUUGCCAGAAAGCAAUCAGCGACGAGUUUGUCACUGACCUCGAGGCCCACAAUCUAGACGGCUCGCCCUGGGUUGUUUGUUCUGACGACGAUCAGGACAUGGACACGGUUCAACAAUUGAGAGUUCGAUCCCUUACAGUCCUGAUAAGAUGUCUGUAUAGGCUUGGGGCUGUCAAAGACGCACGGUCAUUACAUACAGAGCUUGUGCAAGAACAGAGAUUGUCAGAAAGCCUCUCCUCGAUUCCAGUCGAGCAGCAGAAAUAUGACCUAGGUCAAUGCAAAACAUCUAUCCGAAACGACCAGGCUGUUGGUGUAGAUAAACAAGAGUCAGAGUCUGUUGACUCGUCUCGUUUUGGCAAGUCGCGCAGAGAAAUUUACCCCUGGUCGAGGCACGAGCCAGAUCGAAACUCAUCAGAGUCAAUAUACGAAAUCAACGAGUCGUUGUCACGGGUUUCCGGUGACCUCGAAGCUAAAAUCACAGCAUUACCGGCGUUCGAUACCUUCGGUGCCGAGACAGAGGAGCUCUCCUAUCAACUUGGACUGUUCGCAAAGACCGACCUACAACCAGGCACGCAAGUGUUGGCCGAGAAGUCUAUCCUUACUGCCAUUAGACCCCUUGAGGAUGCCAUCUGUGAUGCGUGCGGUCAAGAGCUCGAAGGCAUACCGUUCGAAGAUAUCCGACAAUGUGUUGGUAGCGACUGCGACAUCACUUUCUGCUCCGAAGAUUGUAGAGCAAGAGCUGUUUCAGAAUACCAUCAGCCUGCUAUUGACGACGACGAAGAAGAUCAGUCCGAUGAAGACGCAACUUCUUACUCAGAGGAUGAGAGUACCACAAAUCGUGAUCUCAAGAGCAGGGACAGUAUCGACGAAGAUCAGACGCCAGAUUCGAUAGAAGGAGACUUCAAAGGUGCUCCAAUUUGCGGUAAUCACGACCUCAGCACGAUUGGGCGACCAACAAACACUGAUACCCCGGAGUGGGAUCUGUACUUCCUACUACUAACACGCACGAUUGCGAUGUCGAUAACACAACAGAGGCACCCACUACAGCUGAAAGAGAUCAAAUAUCUUUGGGGUGAUUUUAACCCCUGUUCCCUCCUCUCAGCCUGUCACGACAAUUCCUAUGAGCCACCUCCACGCACACUACCAUUCUCAUUCUUACACAACCUACAAUACGUACUCGACUACUUUUCGACACUCUCGCUCUCUUGCGCCAACGCAACGCCUUAUUCAGCUCAUUGGCUGCAAAACUUUGACUUCUGGAUCCUGCAAAUCCUCUUCUCGAAAUUUCGCGGUGUAGCAAACGCAACGCAGAGCACCUUCGACGGCAAGCCUGAGAUCGCUUCAGUACAUCCUUUGUGGUGCUUAGCGAACCACUCUUGUGCUCCCAAUGUUACAUGGACGCCCAAGGGUGUCCGCGAAUUCUUCGUGCGCACCGCGGAAGAACGAAAGUGGCAGCCCGAGUCUGCGAGUCAAGAGGCAUGGACGGGGAUCAAAGCUGGAGAGGAGAUCUUCAGUCACUAUACAGAUAUCGAGUUAUCCGUACAAGAUCGCAGAGACCGUUUAAGAGAGGUUCUGGGAGGAAUCUGUCGCUGUGAGCGGUGUAUUGCUGAAAGUGGCCUACGACCUGGUCAGUCUCCUUAG